UCUCUCUCAGCUUCGGAGUCUAGGUUCGGGUUUAGGUUCGGAGUAGUCGACUUUUGUGCGGAUAAGAACGACUCUUCGCUCUUGAUUUUUACACGAACACUUCUCUCUCUCUCUCCUCACUCUCUUUCCUCUUUCUCUCACUAAAAAAAACUAGCGAUCGAAGAGAAUCAUCAAGAAGCUACUGUCAGAGAAAUCAAAACCCAAGAACACAAGAUUCAUCAUGGGAGCUGAAGAAGAAAACAAUAAGACAUGGCCUCCAUGGCUAAAACCUCUACUUAGAGAAAAAUUCUUCGUACAAUGCAAAUUACACGCAGAUUCACACAAGAGUGAGUGUAACAUGUACUGUUUAGACUGUACCAAUGGUCCUCUCUGUUCUCUCUGUCUCUCUUUCCACAAAGAUCAUCACGCUAUUCAGAUAAGGAGAUCAUCGUAUCAUGAUGUUAUAAGAGUGUCGGAGAUUCAGAAGUUUCUGGACAUAACUGGAGUUCAGACAUAUGUGAUCAACAGUGCUAAGGUUGUGUUCUUGAACGAGAGACCUCAGCCUCGACCAGGCAAAGGUGUGAUCAAUACUUGCGAAGUCUGUUAUCGAAGCCUCGUUGAUUCCUUCAGAUUCUGCUCUCUUGGUUGCAAGAUCUCUGGAAUAUCGAAGAAGAAAAGAAAGGAAUGGACGAAUAAUCUUUCGGAUUCUGAUGAUUCGUAUAGCAGUACGAGUAUCGGAAGGCUCAAGAAGAAUGAUGACAUUAUGAAUAAUGGUUUCAUGCCAUCAACACCGCCUCUAUCAGCCGUGAAUCGCCGAAUUGCAAAACGAAGGAAGGGAAUCCCGCACCGUGCUCCUUUUGGAGGACUAAUCAUAGAAUACUAAGAAAAUGGUAAUGUAUAGUCUUAUGCUAAUAACCAUCACUAGUAGUUUCGGGGUAUAUAUAUGUAUAUAUAUCUAUAAUGGUAUAUAAAACAAUGUAAAAUAAAAGCUUAACAUCAUAGUAUUGUGUAGAUAUUAAAAGGGUAAAAAAAAGUGGGAAAGAUGAUAGAAUGAGGCAUGAAAUGAAUACUUGUGCCUGUAUAUUUUGGGCUCAAUGGGCAAAUAUGUUAAUGUAGAAUAGUGUUGUGGAAAAGACAAUAGUAAUAAGUAUGUGAUAAAUGUGAAUGGAAUAAAGGGCAUUUUACUUUCGAUGUA